UUUUACACCACAGUUAAUUUUAUAUUUUUAAUAAUUAUAGUAAUGAUUUCAGUUGCUUUUUUUACUUUGUUAGAACGGAAAAUAAUUGGAUAUUCACAAUCCCGUAAAGGCCCAAAUAAAAUUUUAAUAGCAGGAAUUGCUCAACCAAUUGCAGAUGCGAUAAAGUUAAUUUCUAAGGAGAUAAACAUAAAUUAUAGUUCAAAUUUUGGUAUAUAUACACUAGCCCCCAUACUUAAUAUUAUCUGCUCAUUAGUAACAUGAAUUGUUUUUCCACUUAGAUAUUCAUUUAAUUUUAUGAAGAUAGCAGUUCUAAUAAUACUAAGAUGUAUAGCAUUUAGUGUAGUGACUAUCAUAAUAAUAAGAUGAUCAUCAAACUCGAAUUAUUCCUUUAUUGGAAUGAUCCGAACAAUUUCCCAGCUAAUCUCGUAUGAAAUGACCUAUAGACCUAUGUCGAUAGACCUAUACGAGGUACAAAGUUAA